AUGGGGACGAUAUUCACGAACGUCUACAGAGAAAUUGGCCUCAAAGCAUACGUUGAGUCUGCUCGCGAUGUCAAGAUUCUCUGCCUCCAGCGAUUUGUACGUCUGACAGCUUAUGGCGCGUCGACGUUGAUACUCGUGCUUUAUCUGGUUGACUUGGGCAAUUCUGUAUCACGCACAGGAUUGUUCAUGACCUUGACGUUGACAAGCUUGGACGAAGACGACUUCUUGCAUUUGGCUCACUAUUGA